GUCGUGUUGAUGGCGGUGGCGGCGUGUCUCUAUCUAUACUUCUAUCUUGAUCCAAUCACAUGCGGUUCAGUCGCUAACUGCUGUUUCAUCAGACAAGCAGAUAUUACAAAACUGGUCGGUCAGCUGUACUUCGAACUCUGGAUGGGAACACAGCCCAAUUAAACACGUGAACCUGCGGUCAGGCAAGAGCUUAAAAAUCAUACGAUGCUUAUGGGAAUAGACACCAAAAAGCCGCACUGCUGCUCCUAACAAUGGCCACCCAUUCCCAAGAUACCCAUACAUGCUGGAAUACUUUCUUCGAAGGGAACUGAUCCUCACAGCCGGUUACUACCCUAAAUCAGUAUAACAUGUUUUAAAUUGUCAACUAGCCAAUGAUCAGCCAAAAAAAUAAUGUCGCAAGGAACUGAACCGGAUGAAGCUCCGGACUUAAAGCCGCGGGCUCAGCCAACCACUGGUAGUUUUCUUUGCCUGCACACUUCGCCGCCGUUGCACAUAGCCCUGCAUGGAAUGUCGGCCCUGAUCAACACCCGUUUGUCCAAGACGGCCUUCGACCUGUGCCUUGAGCUCCUGGAGGCCGGGGUCAAUGCACAGGCACUGGCCCAGGUGGUGCUCCACGUGCCGGACGUCAAGAGCAAAACACACAACGAUUAGUCUUAUCACAUCCGACCUGCUAGACCCUCAACACUCAACCCUCAACCCUCGACGGAUCACCACAAAGAAAUCCCUUCGGUCUUUCGAUAAGCAAUAUCAGUUAUAAUUGGCACCGACUAUUAGCACUAUCAUAAACCGUUGAUAAUUGGGCAGUUAAAUGUUUUUGUUUACCGGAUUGCGUCUAUAAGCAGUGUUGGCACAGGUACUAGUGUGUAUUACCUAGCCUAAGGUACGGAAUAAACAAAUAUGCAUAUAAAAUUAAAAAUAAAAAUUAAGGAAAAAUGA